UUAAUCGACAAGAGAUUCGUAGAAUCGUUUAUUAUUUGACAAUAUUUACGGUGCAAGUAUAAUAGCGAUUAAAUAGACUUUACAAUAAAUUCUGCAAAAAUCAGAGUGUGAAGUGACUCAUUACAUCAAUUAAAAAAUUUGGUGCUUCAAAAAGAUGCCAGAUGCCGCUCCCCAGAACAAAGAAUCAAAUUGACAGUGACGCUACAUUUGUCAAACCUAUAAACUCCAUAGAAAAAACUCGAAAAAAAUUGUUUUGUGUUUUUUACCUGGAUACAUUAUUCUGCGAAGAAUUUCUCAUACGGUCACCACAUACGCACACAUUCUUGCGAGAAUAGAGGAAACUUACACGCAACAACACUGACGACUAGGGAAAGCAACAAACAAUAAGCACCAGUUAGGUUUAAUAGAUUUGUGCAAUUACUGCGGUUUUGUGUGAAGGAAGAACGAAAUCAUCUGUUUGGAGCACAUCAAGGGAUAGAUAAAAAUGACUGAAUAUAAACUAGUGGUGGUGGGCGCGGGCGGUGUUGGAAAAUCGGCCUUAACCAUUCAAUUAAUACAAAAUCACUUUGUAGACGAGUACGAUCCAACAAUAGAGGACUCAUAUCGAAAACAGGUGGUGAUUGAUGGUGAGACAUGCCUACUAGACAUUCUGGAUACCGCUGGUCAAGAAGAGUAUUCUGCAAUGCGAGAUCAAUAUAUGAGAACAGGCGAAGGCUUCUUGUUAGUAUUUGCGGUAAAUAGUGCUAAAUCAUUUGAAGACAUUGGAACAUAUCGCGAGCAAAUUAAACGAGUCAAGGACGCAGAGGAAGUGCCCAUGGUUCUUGUUGGGAACAAAUGUGACUUGCAGGCGUGGGCUGUAAAUAUGAACCAGGCCCGAGAAGUUGCCAAACAGUACGGAAUUCCCUUCGUUGAAACGUCAGCCAAGACACGUAUGGGCGUUGAUGACGCCUUCUAUACCCUGGUUCGUGAAAUACGCAAAGACAAGGAACACAGGGGCAAAAAGGGACGUAAAACGAACAAACACAUAAACCGCAGAUUCAAGUGUGAACUCCUUUAAGUCGAUCAGGAAUACAUUUUACAUGCAUUAAAUGAGAGACUAAGUAGAAUAGGAACAUACAAAUUAUGGUCUUGGACAAAACUAUGCAUCGGUGGAUAGCAGAAGCACAAUUCAUGAUCAGUGCUAGUUUUGAUUUCUAUAAGCUUCUCUAUUUUAUAUUUUACAAAUGUCCACACAAUUUGAUUUAACUAUCGUACACAAAAUUGAACGAAAUAGAAACAGUAAAUUUCAGUUCUUCGUGACGCACAAAAUUGUAACCCAUACGAAACGAUAAUUUCAGACGGAAUUUAUGAUUACGGUUCUUAAAUUUUGUUUGGUGCUACAGUAACAUACAAUUAAUCAAUUAAUUUUGUACAACACUAACCGCAUUGCAAUUCUGUGUUUUCCUUCCAGAAAACAAAAACAAUUUGUAUGUGCACACAGGAAAAGUUGCUUUAUAAAAUUAAAGCGAGCUUAAUGUUUAUUCGCUUUGACUCUGACAUCUAUUAAUUGUUUAUUACAAUCAUAAAAAUACCACAAUUUACACCAUACAGAGAGGAAUACGGCGAGUGCUCUUUUAAGUGUCGAUUUUCCGACAUGUUUGCAACGGUAUGUUUAGAAAUAUUCAACUCUCAUCCAAACGAGCCUGAUUUAUUUACGUUUUUAAGCAAUUAACGAAAUAUCAUCCUCUUGAAUAAAACAUUCUAUUUUGUAGAAUUCAAUUUUUUCUUUGUGUACACACUAAAUUGUUCUCAAACAAAUAAGCGUAUAUUUUAUAUAUUUUAUUAUGUCGAUUAUCUGCUUUUUUUCUACAACUUUUUUUACAUUACUAACUUUAAUACAAAAGAUCGUCUACUCGCAUCGGAAAUUGAUUUAUGCCAGCAAGUGAUGAUUGAAUACAACACACACACACACACACAUAGUAUACAUAUAUGUUUUUUUGUUUAAUUUUGUGUCUUAUAUUUUAUGUACUGAAUAUACGUGUAUUAAUAUUUUAUGUAAUUAUUAUAAAUAAAAAUAAUUGCAUUCAUUAAAAACUAA